GGGCCGGGAGUCAGCGCAGGGAGAGUGCCGCCACGAGUUGCCGCCUCGGGCUCGCGCAGAGCAGAGUGGAAGCCGAGCGGGCGGUAUAUAUAGCCCUGGCAGGAGGCGCACGCCGGGCAGUCGCUUCCCUCGCUUGCCUCUCCUAGACCGCACGUUGUGCAGAGAGACACGCGCGCGCUUCUCCAGUCGCGCGGCUGCCUACCUGGGAGCAGUCCAGUGGUCCGGCUGCUGCAAAAGUUACUCGUCUCCGCUGCUUGCGCGAGGGAAGGCGGAGGCUCCAAAGCCCGCCAGCUCGGCCGCGCUGAUUUCUCCUCCCCAGAAAGCGAGGCGCGCCCUGCAGCCCCUCAAGCAGACUUUGCUCUAGGAGCUCGCGGAGCUGCCGCCGCCGGCGACUUGUAACUUCCAGCGAGGCUGCCUCCUUGGGAGGAAAGUGGGAAGAUGCGUCGUCGCUUGGACCACCGUAUUGGCUGCUUCCGCUGCAGGUCGCCUUGCCGGGAAGUCCGCACGUGCUAAGGUGCCGGCUUGGUUUUGGCAAAGGGCGGGUGGUUGGCGGCGCGAGCCAUGGUCCGUCGGGACGCGGGAGGCGUCCCCAUUGGAUGAGCGCGGCGCACAUGUCCAGCCCCCACCCCUCCCCGCGCGCCCCUUUCGCGCGGGCUGCUCUUGAGAUGCGGCGCGCUCUCCGGGCGACGCCCGUCCGGGGUUGCUGAGCCUGGCAGCCCCCUGGAGCCAGCCCGUUGAGGGAUGGAGCAGCCUAGAGCCUGCCAAGAAACUCUGGACAGCCUGAACGUGUUCCAUACCAAUGACUCCUAUCAUUCUCACAACUGCAGUGAAGAAGUGGCCACCUACCAAGAUGCCACCCCUCUCUCCUGGAAGGUUGUCCUGACCAUCAUCUUGGCCCUUAUCACUUUGGCCACCAUGCUGUCCAAUGCUUUUGUCAUCGCCACUGUCUACCAGACUCGAAAGCUCCACACACCAGCCAACUAUCUCAUAGCUUCUCUGGCUGUCACUGACCUCCUGGUGUCCAUCCUUGUCAUGCCAAUCAGCACCAUGUACACUGUGACUGGGAAAUGGACCUUGGGGCAGAUAGUCUGUGAUAUCUGGCUCUCUUCGGAUAUCACUUGUUGCACUGCUUCCAUUCUCCACUUGUGUGUGAUUGCUCUGGACAGAUACUGGGCCAUAACUGAUGCGGUUGAAUACUCGACCAAAAGGACUCCUAAGAGGGCGGCUGGCAUGAUUGCUUUGGUGUGGGUCUUCUCCAUCUCCAUUUCAAUGCCCCCCUUAUUCUGGCGCCAGUCAAAAGCGGACGAGGUGGCCGACUGUGUGGUGAACACAGAUCACAUCUUGUAUACAAUCUAUUCCACAGUGGGAGCCUUCUAUUUCCCCACCUUGCUACUGAUCAUCCUGUAUGGAAGGAUUUAUGUGGAAGCCAGAUCUCGAAUUUUGAAACAGACACCAAAGAACAUGGGCAAAAGGUUAACCCGAGCUCACUUAAUAACUGAUUCUCCUGGGUCAACUUCAUCAGUCACUUCCAUAAACUGCAAAGCCUCAGAGGCUUCCAGUGAAACAGGAUCUCCUGUAUAUAUGAAUCAAGUCAAAGUGAAGGUGUCGGAUGCCCUGCUGGAAAAAAAGAAGCUGACAGCUGCUAGAGAACGGAAAGCUACCAAGACUCUGGGGAUUAUUUUAGGAGCCUUCAUUGUAUGCUGGCUACCUUUCUUCAUCAUCACUUUGGUGUUACCUAUUUGUAAAGAUGCUUGCUGGUUUCACAUGGCCAUCUUUGACUUUUUCACUUGGUUGGGAUACCUUAACUCGUUGAUCAACCCCAUUAUCUACACCAUGUCCAAUGAAGACUUCAAACAGGCAUUUCAUAAAUUGAUACGGUUUCGAUGCACAAGCUGAAUUUUUGAAUGCAGUUAAGUGUAAUUCGCCAGGGCAGGGGGCUUAACUGCAUUCUGUGCAUCUGUUUCUGCAGAAUCGAGUUGUUGCAGACAUUUGCUUUCUGUCCCAUCUCUUAUCUAAUGUCCAUGAUGCUGCAGAAACAUUAGUGCCACCAGAUCGGUCUGCCACAAACUCAGUAGAGUGACUCACUAAGAUGCUGUUCUAGUCAUAAAUAUCAGAUGCAAUAACAGAGAGAUUGUGAGGUUUGUUUUGUCUGGGGGAAAAAAUCAUAAGAUUCCAGAGUGUAGAAUUUUCUACCAGUGUUGACCCACCUGGCACUAGAUUAGAAAUUAUUUGUUUAGCCUAACAGAGGCAAUAGGUAGGAGUAACUAGGUAGAAAAUCCGAAUGAUAUUUCCCAUGACGGUAAACAUAGAACAGUAAACUGAAUGUCUUACACUACACCAUUAAAUAAUAUUACCAUAUCUGAUAGUAGUAAAGGCAAAGGAGACCAAUAGGAACAGAGGAUCUCCUUAUUUCUCCUACUCUGUACUCUAGCUCACUAUCCAACAUGGAGUUCCACUGACUUUUUCUCAUAGAAGUAAAAACUUCAACAGAGUGGUUGAGAAUUGUGUUACUAUACUUUGUACAAUACCAUUAAUGAAUAUGGUGCUUUACAAAAUGGUUUACAUAGAGUGAAAAGUGGUAUGCUCCUUGGAAUAGGAACCUAUCUACAUUUUGAUGGGUAAAGGCAAGAGUUGCAAACUGAGGGGAGGGACAGGAAGGUGAAACGAUAAGCAUGAACAAACAUUCUGAUCCAAGAACUAAACCAAAAUGGAAACUUGGUUGUUUUUUCAAGUGGGGUUGUUAUGGCAUACCUUGUUUAAAACAAUUGCCUUUUCAUUUGAAAAGGAAAUGGAUAGCAAAUACUUUAUUGAUUUUGCAGGCUUCAUUUUUAUCCCCCCCCCCCCCAAUCUGUAUGGAUGUAUAGACAACAUUCAGAUGUUCAUGUCUGUGUAUUAUCAUGUCUGUUUAAUUUUUAUCCCUUUUACUUGAAAGAGUUGCUAAUCUCACUCUGAAGGGCAGAAAUGAAAAUCAGUGCACUUAAAAUAACUAUAUGCUAAGUGGUAUGACUUCACCAAGUUGACUGUCUGAGAAAAGCACAGGUGCAUUCAAAAAUAUAUAUACUUAUGUUACAGAAUGACAAAUGCUGGAGCAAUGAGAUCUAGAUAGUAGACAACUACACUUGCGCACAUGGCUGAGUUUGCGGCAAAGUAUGCAAUGGAUGGUCCAUUUCUGAAUAAUUGGUACUGCUUGCACUACAGUUUCCUCCAAAAAUGAAGCACUUUGCACUCCUACUUUGGGAACAUAAGAGGAGAAACAUGAACAUCAUACCCAUGCCUCCCCCCCAAUCAAAGAACAUGGAAUAAAAAGAGCCAUUUAAUGUUGUGACCAUAUAGGGUUUUUUCCCAUAUUGGCAUCAGCCACACAUCCUUACCUCACCAGACACUGAGGAAUCCAGCACCAUUGGAAAUGCCUGUUCUGUUUUGUGUUCUGAUGCUGUAGAAUACUAAUGAAGGGGUUUUUCCUCUGCCACAUCAUCUGCGAAGUAAACUUUUAACAAAAUUGGAAUAAACUGAUGUUACUGAAGUUUGAUCCUGCACCCUUAUAUAUUUUUACUCAUUAUUUUUCUAAGGUUAGGUAUGUAAUCUCUAUGUAAGCCCAGCAGUCAAAAUUAAAAUUCAGAACAUGUUCCAUCUGCUUUGAUAGGAUUGCAUUUUGAGUGUUCCUCCUAAAUGUAACUGAAAAUCAACCAAUAAAAAAAGCUUUACUGUGUUCUUGAGAGUA